AUGGCUUCGUCAACCAUUGAGCUUCGAGACUUGCAGCCAGGCUCCAGUAGCCGGCGAGUGGCCUCUCAAGAUCGUCAAGAUGCCGCCAACGAGUUGUCCUUGCAUUAUGACUCGUCAGGACCUGGUGCUGUUGUAUCGCAUACUCUUCCUCCCGUUGAUGGCGGACGUGGAGCAUGGCUCUUCCUCUUAGGCUGCUUCAUGCUGGAUGGCAUAGUUUGGGGCUUCCCUCUGUCCUUUGGUGUGUUCCAAGUGUACUACAGCACACAUGAGCCAUUCUCGCACGGGGCCAGGCAGAGUUCUGGUAUUGCGGCCAUUGGUACGACAGCGACUGGUGUUGCCUACUUCGCAAGUCCCUUCUUUGGGAUCGCCAUGCAACGUUAUCCUCACACUCGACGACCAGCCAUGUACGUUGGACUAGUAGCUAUGGUCAUAGGCCUGGUGGGAGCGUCGUUCUGUAGCACGGUUGCUGGCCUCCUCGCAACUCAGGGUGUGCUGUACGGCAUUGGUUGUAUCCUGCUGUAUUUCCCAGCCACACUUUUUCUGGACGAAUGGUUUGUGAAGAGAAAGGCGCUGGCGUACGGCAUCUCGUGGUCUGGCACUGGUACAGCCGGUGUUGUGGUGCCGUUCAUCAUGCAGUGGCUACUGGAUUCGUAUGGGUUUCGCUCUGCCCUUCGAAUUUGGGCUGUCGUUCUUGUCAUACUCACCACUCCUUGCUUGAUCUUGGUGCAGCCUCGCCUUCCACUAUCAAUCGCCAGCGCCCUUCGCCCUCAAGACUUCACAUACAUGAAGAGAUACCCUUUCUGGGUCUAUCAAUUCGGAAAUGUUGCGCAGUCCCUGGGUGCUUUCAUACCUUUGCUCUGGAUGCCGGCCUACGCAUUGACGAUCGGCCUUCCCCAAUAUGCAGGCCCGUUGAGUGUUGCUUUCUACAAUGGAGGGGUCUCUGUAGGGGCAGUCAUUCUUGGGUUGAUCACUGACCGCUAUCAUGUCACAGUCGCAAUCUCCAUCUGCGCCAUCGGCUCCAUGGUCGCAGCAUUCGUGUUCUGGGGACUGGCGAGCUCUGCACCAAUGCUAUACUUGUUCGCCAUUAUCUGGGGCUUUUUCACCGGUGGCUUCAACACGACAUGGCCCGGCUGUGCAGCUGCAAUGCGCCGCUUGGAAAGCAACGGCAAUGUCGAUACGGGCACUCUCAUUGGACUCAUGGCAGCUGGUAAAGGUAUUGGAGGUGUUGUCGGUGGCCCUCUAUCAGAAAAGCUGCUCGAAGUUGGAUGGCAUGCACAUUCCACAUUCGCCUACGGCACGUCGUACGGCGUGCUGGUCGUCUUCUGCGGCAUCACUCUCGUCGUGGUGAUUGACGAGUGUGCAAUCUACACGCCUGAAAGAUUCAAUAUGCUCCGCGGAUCACAGAAGAUCGAUCAAUCUAUCAAAACACUUCGAUGCGACGACUUCACCCCCACCACCCUGUCUCCUGAUUCCAAUCUCUACGGCGGCAUCGAUAGAUAA